AUGGACCAAAAAUUUGGCACAUGUGUACUACACAUGCUUCCUGCAUCUGCUGGCAGUGCGUAUUCUCAGCAAUUAAUUCAGGACCUUUACUACUCUAUCAAAACAUCAUCAAAGGAAAAUGUCACAAAAGUAUUGGAAUAUUAUAAAAAAAUAAUGGUGCAACGCAAUCAGGACAUGAAAAGUUGGUCUCAUUUAGAAAUGUUUGCCGGCAUCAUGUGCCAUCUCUCAAGUCCGGAAGAAAAACAUAAAUAUUUACUGCAAUGUUUGUCACUUUUAGACAAAAACGAUGAGUUGUAUGAUAUGAGAGAACCAAUGUCGAAAGAAGUGAUAGAAAAUAUACAAAGGAAAACAACGGAAAGCGUCUAUGCGGAUUCUUUUGAGAAUUUUGAGAAGGUAUCGGACAGAAGGUCAAUUGGGUCCUAUGGGGGAAAUGCUUGGCAACAUAGUUCAUCUGAUGCUACAUUACAAAGCUUAUCAGAUCCAUAUUUCAGCACAAUGGUAUCGAGGGCCGAUAUCGUUAAAAGUAUACCCUAUCUUGUGUUGGGAACACCCUCUACUUUAUUCGAACUAAAAGACAAGAAGUUCACAAUACCCAGCAAUAUUCCGAACGGAGAAAGCCAACAGUUGCAUGAUAUCGUUGAAGCAGGCUUACUUUACUUGCACCUUCAAAUUAGAGUGGAAUAUCUUAAAAAACAUGUUACCACCAGUACACUAAAAGUAGCAUUUUUGACAUUGAUUCAAAGUAAACUUCGAGAUUAUAGUAAUUUCGUCAACAAUUUCUCAUCCCACUUACAUCCACUCGAUCCAUUAUGUUUUACAUAUCAACACCUCUAUCCUGAAGUACUAAAACUAAGGACAUAUAUGGAAUAUAUUGAAAACUUUGAAAAAAGCAGUGCAGAGGGAUUACUAUCUGUAUGCCAGUUACAAAAAAGUAAUGGUGAUCCAGUACUCGAGAAAUUUGCAUCUGAUGCGUUAGAGCGUCUUUUACAACCCUACAUGAAGAACAUAUGCGAUUGGUUGAUUGAUGGAAAACUGGAUUCAAAUGUUAGUAGUGACUUUUUUGUUCAAAAUGACGAGAAAGAACCAUUGGGAUUGGUAUUCUUGCCACAGAAAAUUCCAAAAUUUAUACCGUCUUUAGUGGCCAAAAAAAUAUACAUUAUUGGAAAGUCCCUCCGAUAUCUCGAACAUUGCUGCAGCGAAGUUGAAUGGAUUGGAAAAUUUGCAAAUAAGUAUUCAUUGCAAUAUAGGCUAUUAGGCCCUUCAAUGGAUCACAAAUUUUUCGAAUUGGUUAACCAGCAAUAUGGUGAAAUUAACCACUAUAUCAACACCACAUUACGAUCGAAAUUUUAUUAUUUCGAGACUCUCAACCUUUUAAAAGAUAUCCUUCUAAUGGGUAAAAGCGAUGUGAUUGAUUCUAUUAUUCAAAACUCGGAAAAUCUCUUCAACCAACCUUCUCAACUUUUAGAAAGCCAUCAUUUAACGAAGUGUCUACAAAUCGCAAUUCAACAAUCAUCUCUGAGAAAUAGAUUGAACAAAUCAGAUAACAAUCUCUUGGUGAAUAGGCUUGAUGCUAGAAUUUUGGAAUUAGCACAUGGAUCUUCGGGUUGGGAUGUUUUCACAUUAGACUAUCUCGUGGAUCAGCCUCUUUCAACAGUAAUGGAUAUCAACCAACACGGAAGCCGCAGAGAUUAUCUGAGAAUUUUCAACUUCUUAUGGAGAAUUAAAAAGAAUGAGUACAAUUAUGAACAAGAAUGGCAAAAAAAUUCAUCCAUUCUUAAACUUUUUAGAAAGCUGAACAUCAGGGUUCCAUUUAUUAGGGAUUUACUGAAUAAAGUUUCAAUGAUCAAUGUUUUAAAGAAUCAGAUUCAAUCUUUCACUAAAAAAGUUGAAACAUAUUGUUUCGAGAGUAUUAUUGAACAUGAAUUUAGGAAGCUUCUUUCGAAUCUAAAUCAUAAAGAUACCGAUCCAACCUCCUCGGUUAAAGUUAAAGUGCUUAGAAAUGGGGUAAAAGUCUCAAGCGGUGUUUUAAAACCUGAUCUUCAUUUUAUCGAAAACUUCAAAGAACUUACGACAGAUGAUGUUAGCGGCUAUUCUUCAUUUGAUCUUGAGGAUCUAAAAAGAGCUCAUUCUGUAUUCUUAUCAAAUAUUUUGAAUCAUCCAAUUUUAUAUUCAGGUUCAGGUGCUUCGCUUGGAACAUACACUCAUCAGCUGUAUCCAACUACUUUGGUUUUAUUGAUGGAUAUGAGUUAUGAGUUUGUGCUAAAUUACUCUGAGCUAAAUAACGUCAUUCAUGAGAUUUGCAUUCAGAUGAACUUAGAUCCUAACCAAAAUUUGCAUGACCCGAUAAUGAGAUUCAAUGUAAUUUCAAAGAAGUUGGUUGAUCAAUGGAAGGAUUUUGAUAAUGAAUGCAAUGCUUAUAUCAAGGAUUUGAAGUGGGAUGAAAAUACUGAAAUAAAUAAACUAAGUAAGAUACUUCACUAA